AUGCGCACUCAAACUUUUGCAGCCUUCCUCCUCACCGCGGCUCUGCCCGCCAUAGUCGCAGCUUUGCCUACUAACAUCCCCAGCACACAACUAACAAGCGUCCCCGCCAUUGCUACCCGCAGCACACAUGCCAUCGAGGAAAUUGCCCUGACCAAGAGGUCCGAGGACGGCGGACAGCCGGGUUACUUUCCAGACGAGGCCGACGCUCAAGACCUGGAAGAUGUAGAGGAGGCCGGUCACGGGUUUGGCGGCGAGGAACCCGAGGAGCUCGAGGAGUCUUUCAUGGACGGUGACCUGGAUGACUUUGCCGGCUUUGACUUUUCUCAGUUGCAGGAGCAGGAGCAGAUGCUUCAGCGCAGGGCAACAGACUCUAACUACGAGGGGCCCUUUACUGACGACACUCGAGAUGAGUCAGGUGACUUUAACAACAUUGACAUAUUGCAAGCUCGCUCCGAUGAGUUGAUUGAGGAGCCCGGAAUCCCGUCGCGGUUCAGGAGGCGCCACGAAGGCCACGAGGGAACUCACGAUGAGCAAGCGGGCACGAUUGUGGAUGAGGAUGAAGAUGACCAGCUGGAAAGGCGACAGCUCGACAACAUCGCCGAAGAUGACGACGAGGAACAUGACGAGGGCGCGUUUGCCGGUCUUGACAUGUCCGCCCACGCCGGCGAUGAAGAAGAUGACGACGAUGAGGCCUCAUUCGGGCAAGAUGUUUAUGACGGCGACGAGGCUUCGGUCGAGCAAGAUCUUGAUGGCAAUGACGAGGCCUCAGUCGAGCAAGAUCUUUAUAACGACGACGAGGCGUCAGUCGGGCAAGAUCUUGAUGACGGCGACGAGGCUUCGGUCGAGCAAGAUCUUUAUGACAACGACGAGGCCUCGGCCGGGAAUGAUUACAACGACGCCGAGCUCUAUGAGGACGACGGAUCUGAUCUUCAAAGGCGAGACGAAAACGAAUUCGACGAGGACGUCGCCGAAAUCCAAAUUGCUAAGCGCGAGGUGUAUGACGGCAGCAAGAAACAGGUGCCGCGGCCGAUUGAGAGGAGGGUUGCCAGGUCAUUCAGGGCGUGA